AUGUUCAUCCAGUCUCCAUUAAAGUAUGUAGACAUACUGAAGGAUGUAUAUGAGUGGGCUAAUAAACAGAAAAGAUUGUAUUAUUUUCCACAUUUAUUUGAGAAUUACUUAUCGAAAUCAUAUUUUGAACAUAAUGACCUACUUCAGAUCUACCUAAAAUUCACUCCAUAUACGACUAUCCAUCCUGGUAAGUUAACAAUACAAAGUUGCAUGGAAUUGUGCGAUGAGAGAGUAGGAAGUACUUUUGAUGUUUAUAUGGAUGUGCAUCGAUGGGCUGAUUUUAACGAUUCACCACCUUUGUCAAACUAUCAAAAGUUAUGUAGAACAGUUCAAAUAUACCAGAUUAAAAAGAAGGAAGAGAUAUUGAAAGAUGAUGCUACUGACUAUCCAGAUGAAAUAAUAAAACUUAGAGAACAAUUAAUAACUUCAAUUUUGGUUGUUCAUCAUUGUCCUCACUUUAAAUUAGAAUACCAAAGAGAUUACUAUAAGAUUAUGAGGUAUAUUCAAGAUCUCAUACAGUUUCUAAAUGAUGAAAGAAUAUAUUUCAAGAAGUAUAACAAACUCUCCAAAGAUGAUAUUCCAGAAAUUCCUUUAGAAAUGAUAGAGUGGUAUGAUUGUUUUUUACACUGUGAUUUUAACAAGAUUUAUGAAUUUGAACCUCCUAUCUUUCAAAUAAAAGUUACGGAAUUUGCUGGUAGCAAGACCGAUCAACUUCAAAAAACUAACAAUGCAUUCUGCUCACAUUUACAAUCACCUUCAACUUAUUCAAAUUUUGUGCCAACAAAUCCAUCAACUUCUGAAUCUACAGUAUUAGAAAAGUUCUCAGAUUUCUGGAAGUAUGCUUAUGAUUAUUAUAAUAUAAAAGCGAUUUGCGGAGAAUAUAGAUUUUUGAAACUUUUUAAAGAUGGACACAAAAGUUGUGGAAAGGGAGAUAUAAAGUAUAAAUGGCCUAGACAUAUAUUGAAUCUCGAAAACCAGCUUGAAUAUGAAAAAGAAAGAUAUCAUAAUGAAUUUUAUGAUUUGAACUCAGAAGAAAUGGCUGACAGAUUGAUGUACCUUGAAGAUCUAAAAAGGACAAUUGAAAUUGAAAAACAUAAGUUUCCACAAGCAAGACUCACUUCUUUAGCAGAGCCAAUGAAUGAUUUGCCAACCAUAUUAGUUAACAAACUAGCUUUUUUCAAGAAUAAUCAAGCACCAUCUCCCAAGCAGAUCAUUAAAUCAUCAAUACUCAAGAAAUUUAACGAACUCAAACUUGAAGUUGGCAAAGAACUUCCUAAUGAAUCAAACUUUGAACCUUACCAAGUAAGGGACACUGCUGAUAAAGAUUUGAUCAUUUUGAAUGAUAAUGACAAAGAAACAUUCGAAAGUUUGACAACUGAAAAUAUUAGCUCCUUAUUAGAACUAUACCAUCAAAAUGAAAAUAACAAGUCAACUGAGAGAAAACCUUCCAGUACUUCCACUAAUGUAACUUCAAUAUCGGCAAACAAACAAGCUUCUAUAUUUAGUAGAAAUACCACUGAUGAGAGUGAACAAGAGUCUACUGAGAAUAUUUCAAUUUCUGCUACUGCAAUCAGAGCUAUUGCCCGAGAAGUCAACUAUAAUGACAUAUUCAAAGGUAGAGACUAUAAAUAUCAAUACGUUCCACUUGAAAAUUCGCCAUGGAGCCGGGAAGAGUGA